AGAGAAGAUCAGAAAACAACGACAACUUUGAUUUCUAUUUUCAAUCGAUUGAAACGAUUCUAGGGUUUUUUAUUUUAUGGCCGACGCGCUUUCUGUGAUUCCUCCUGCCGUUCUCCGAAACCUCUCCGACAAACUCUACGAGAAGCGGAAGAAUGCUGCUCUUGAAAUUGAAGGAAUCGUGAAGCAGCUAGCGGCGGCGGGAGAGCAUGAUAAGAUUACGGCCGUGAUAAAUUUGUUGGCCAAUGAGUUCACGUACUCGGCACAGGUGAAUCACCGGAAAGGAGGAUUGAUUGGACUGGCUACAGCCACUGUUGCUUUGACUGGUGAAGCUGCACAGCAUCUUGAGGUUGUUUCGAGGGCAUUAGUUGAAAAUGCAAGAACCUUAAGAUUGCCUACUUAUUUGCAUGAAAGAUUAAGUUUAAUCCGUAAUGCAAAGACGAAACAUGAAGAGGAAGGAAUUGCUCCACCGAUUGAUAGAAUUGCGGCAUGCAUGAACAUGUCCCAAACAAAAGUCAGGAAUGCAACAGAGGCAAUUAGUAAGGUCUUCUCUCUUGAUAGGGAAGCAUUCCCCUCUUUAAAUGUCCUUCCAGGAGAAACACUUCAUAGUUACUUUGCAGAUAAUCACCUCGAGAACAAUCCAUGGCAUGGAGUAGAUGAGUGGGCACUCAAGGAUGAGGUAAAUAAGCUUAUUAGUACAACACUAAGAGAACGGGAGAGAGUUAUUAUACGUCUUUACUAUGGCCUGGACAGUGAAUGCCUUACUUGGGAGGAUAUUAGUAGACGGUGGGUACUGCUAAACACUAUCCAUGACAUCUCUCAGGUGGCCAAAUAUGCUGAUGAUAUAUAGACAUACUUUUAAAAAUGCUCUGGAGUUGAUUCUGUCAUGCAUGCUUUUGAAAUUAAAGAAAGAAUGCUGAUGCUAAAGCUAUAUUAUAGGGGAGCACUUUUUACUUUUAAAUCGUUGCAUGUGGUCUAUAAUCAAAUCAUUCAGAUGAACUUUAGCCCUCUGAUUGAUGCAAAAAUUUGUGUGGUGAUAUUGACAUGAUUCAAAUUUCCAUUUAUAGAUACAACUAACUAGGCAACCAAAGGAAAUGAUCAAUAAUAUUAACAUGGUGCAAUGCAUAUAUAAACUCGAUCAUGUACUCUUUUGAACCUUUACAUUGGUGACAUUGUGAUUUCUAGGUCCUUUUCCCUGCCUGUUUAUUGAAAUCCUUCUUUUGCUUUCAUAUUUUUUUUUUUUUUUGGGUCCAAAUUAACUUAGUAGUUUUGAAUGUCAUUAUGUCCA